AAUAAGCUAUUAAAAACGUGACAUGGUGACAAUCUCGCGUCACUGGGAAAACGGGCACGGCGCAUGAAUUUGAUCGCUCAACCUCUUUCGUGACUUGUGUAUGCAAAACUUCAUUCACACCAAAUCAAAACAUAUAUUCAAUUAUUACCAUCAAGAAUUUAGGCAUUCAUCAAUCAUGCCUCCACGCUCCCGAAACCGCUCUAAAUCUCCAAAGUGCCACCUCCUCGCACUUCCGCGCGAGAUUCGAGACGAAAUCCAUCGAUAUGUACAAUGGAGCCGGGGAAGUCGCAAACCAGACAACACAAUUCGUCCCUUCGUGCUGACGAUCUUCCAACAGGCCGAACGGCAGGAGGAAGGACAUCCUGAAGCUCGAUUUCGACCAGACGAUGAAGACCUACUUAUACUUGGACGAACCUGCGAACAACUUUACCACGAAUCAAACCAGAUUUUCUACGGUGAAAAUACAUUUAUAUUCUUCCAUACGUGGGGCUUAUACUGCUAUCUCUAUAUGAUUGGUGCAGAGAAACGAGCAUAUAUUCGACAAAUCUAUUGCAGUUUCCUUGGAGAUGAGAGGGUGGCGGCUUUUCAAUUGCUUGGCGAGUGUAAAGCUUUGAAACAUCUUACAAUAGAAGUUAAUAGGAUGACAAUGUAUGGAAGUAGGAAGCCGCAAAAGGAUCUCAUGACCGCCAAAGGUGUUGGUGCAUUGAGGAAAAUACGAGGAAUGGAGAAUUUGGUGGUAGAUGUGGUGGAUUCUGUCAAUUUUUACACACGAAAUCACGAGCAACUCUCAAGACCAACACCCGAGCGUUAUUUCAAGCUGGAAGAUGUUCAAGAAUUUGAGAAGUUAUUGACGGAAGAGAUGAAUAUGAAAGAGGAGGCUCCGAAGCAGGUUCUAGAUAGAUCAUCGAAAAAGAUUGUGCUGAAACCAAAGCCCAAGAGCUCCAAGCCUGCGAAGGUCUCGAAAACUCAAGCCGUACAUUCUGGCAGGGUUAAAAAGUCGAGAAUCUCAUCCACGAAGAAGUGAAGAAAAAGGUUAAAGUUGAUGGAAAGAGGAAAUGAGCUUACUGUCGUGAUUCUUGGUAGCAGGCACCGUUAUCUGGUUUAUUCUUGUUUGCGGGGUGGAGGGGAGUGGGAACGAGCGUGG